AUGGCAUCCGUGGAGGUGCGCUCUAAAGCCAACCACGACACUACAAACACGAGCAAGAUGCACUUAGAUCUUGAAGAAAGUACCACUGGAGACCGCAAACAGGACGAUAAAGAGCCCAAGAAGACGAAGGUCCGAAAGCGACGUGGACCGGGAGCUCAGGCAAUUGAAGAAGUGUUUGCAACGCUGAGCAAUGCUCGGUCGUCGGGGCUCAAUCCUCCUCCAGAGCGUAUCAUACUGACACCUCGAUCAGCAGAAGCUUGUUUACGCUGUGGAGUGAAUCCGGAAACCCUCAAAAUCCGCGACUUGGAUUCCUUUUAG